GGGUUCAACAAGGCCACGCAGCCCCCGCAUAAGCUUUUUUUCAAUGGGACGGCUUGACAGCCCCUCUAUUCCUCUAUGAGUGAUAAACAUGGACGGCUUAGGACCCGGGAGAGCGAGCUGCCACAGAGGCAUUGCAGACAGCGCGUUUGGGAGGUGUAGUGGAAGAAAGGCAAAGAAACGGAGUAAAUGAGAGCACUUUUGUCCAGAUUGUUGAAGGACUUAUCAACUUAAAAUACCGCCGAAACUACCCUCUAGCAUGAGACGGACACAUUGUUGAAUUCCUGGUCCAGGUAAAUGUCCGCGUUUCCUUCGCAUGGUUAACUACAAGAGGUCGACAGCUAGACAGGAAUAGGUAACCACCAUUGCGAAGGCGGCUGUAAACCCCAGGACCUCGUCUCCAGGCUCCUGCACAGGGCUGAGUGAAGGACACUUAGGAAACAAAGCUGUGUCUCUCCCUGUGGGAAACCUGGAUCCUCCACCCUGCCCACCAACAUGACCAAUGUGGUGAUUGUCAAGGAGGGAUGGCUGCAUAAAAGAGGAGAAUACAUCAAGACCUGGAGGCCAAGGUAUUUUCUCCUGAAGAGUGAUGGUACAUUCAUUGGCUACAAAGAGCGACCGCAAGAUGUCGACCAGCUGGAAACCCCCUUAAAUAACUUCUCUGUCGCACAGUGCCAGCUGAUGAAGACGGAACGGCCCAAGCCCAACACAUUUAUCAUCCGCUGCCUGCAGUGGACCACUGUCAUCGAGCGCACCUUCCACGUGGAGACCCCCGAGGAGAGGGAAGAAUGGACUAAAGCCAUCCAGGCAGUGGCUGAAGGCCUGCAGAAACAGGAGGAGGAGAUGAUGGACUCCUCUCCAGACCCCAUGGACAUGGAGGUCUACCUGACCAAAAUCAGACACAAAGUGACUAUGCACGACUUUGAAUACCUCAAACUCCUGGGAAAAGGCACUUUUGGCAAAGUCAUCCUGGUAAAGGAGAAGGCCACAGGACGCUACUACGCCAUGAAGAUCCUGAAGAAGGAGGUGAUCGUAGCAAAAGAUGAAGUGGCGCACACACUCACAGAGAACAGAGUCCUCCAGAAUUCAAAGCAUCCAUUCUUGACAGGCCUGAAAUACUCCUUCCAGACACAUGACCGCUUGUGCUUCGUCAUGGAGUAUGCAAACGGUGGCGAGCUUUUCUUCCAUCUAUCAAGGGACCGCGUGUUCUCCGAGGAGAGGGCACGGUUCUACGGUGCAGAGAUCGUGUCGGCGCUGGACUACCUGCAUGCUGAGAGAAAUGUGGUCUAUCGAGAUCUAAAGCUGGAAAACCUCAUGCUGGACAAAGAUGGACACAUAAAGAUUACAGACUUCGGCCUGUGUAAAGAGGGGAUCAAAGACGGCGCCACCAUGAAAACUUUCUGCGGGACACCAGAGUACCUAGCACCUGAGGUGCUAGAAGACAACGAUUACGGCCGUGCUGUAGACUGGUGGGGUCUCGGGGUGGUGAUGUACGAGAUGAUGUGCGGCAGACUCCCUUUCUACAACCAGGACCACGAGAAACUGUUUGAGCUCAUCCUCAUGGAAGAGAUCCGCUUUCCCCGGACGCUUGGUCCUGAGGCACGCUCCUUGCUUUCUGGCCUCCUCAAGAAAGACCCGAUGCAGAGGUUAGGUGGAGGGCCUGAUGAUGCAAAGGAAAUCAUGCAGCACAAGUUCUUCGCAGGAAUUGAGUGGCAAGAUGUCUACGAGAAGAAGCUGGUCCCGCCGUUUAAGCCCCAAGUUACCUCGGAGACAGACACACGAUAUUUUGACGAGGAGUUCACCGCACAGACCAUCACUAUUACGCCACCCGGACAAGAUGACAGUAUGGAGUCCUUCGACAGCGAGCGGAGACCCCACUUCCCCCAGUUCUCCUACUCCGCCUCUGGGACGGCCUAAACGUCUCUGAUACAUUCCUCUGGUCCCGACAUCUCCCCCCCCUACCCCACCCGACUGCACUCUCAAAAGACUGGGGGUCCGCAGCCCCCCGUCCUCCCUGCAUUGUCUGCGGAUGCUGUUGGUGGAUGUAACAUUUCCAGUCUGCAAGUUGUGUUUCUUUUUUUUCCAGGAAGGAGGAAAUUCAAGACAAAACAAAGAUAACCGUGGUCGGUCUGUGAGGCCUUUGAAGACCGGCCACACUGAGUUAACACUACUCUGCAUUUCCUGGUUGUUAUGUUGUAUAUUGAGCAGGCAUCCAUACACCAUAAUGAGCAGGGAAAUGUAGUUUUGUUAUGCACAAAUUAGGCCACUGAUGUGAAUUUUGAAAAGGGCCAUUUAUUGUAUCAAAAGCAUACACCUGAAUAUCAAUCAUUUCAAACAGAAACAGGCAGACUGUGGACCAAAACCAUCGAAUGAGCAGUGAGUUGUGUUGUUUGUCGAGUGGGUAAUGAAUCCAUGUUUUCCUCCUUAAGACUCCUGAACAAUUCAGACACCAUUCAAGACAUUUUUGGCUUCAAAGUGAAUGUACCGUAUCAAAUAAAGUCGAUCUUUCUGCAUA